AUGCAGAGAGCACUAGGAGCAUCUGAGCCUCCUGGAACUCCCAUGAUGAAACAACAGGCCUCACCAAACAAAGUCACAGCACCUGCCAAAGACGUAAAUAAGGAAACUUGCCAACUAGAUAAACCUCAAAAGAAAGACACUUCAACACCAGCUGGAUCUCAAACAAAGCAGACAUCCGCGCCAGGUUCCCCGCACAGGAAACCAUUGACACAAGCAGAGCAACAAGCAAAGCCUGAAGUCAUGAAAGCACCAGAAAGUCACCCAGCACUUGGCCCAAAAAGUCCACAGAUGGGCAGUAGGGUAGAUCCUAAGAAACCACCAGACCAGAUGAGUCAAACGGAACGCAAGCAGAGCAGUGCCUCAGUAAAACAAGAGGAGUCAGGUUUCUUUGGACUUGGUGGUCCCAAAUCUAAACCAGAUGCUGCAAAACCUGCUGAAUCAAUAGGUGGGAAAAUGUUUGGCUUUGGCUCCUCCAUCUUUAGCUCUGCAUCAACUUUAAUAAAGACACCACCUGCUUCUCCCAAGAAGUCUGCAGCAUCGAAACCACCUCUUUCUCAGAAACAAGAGCAGGAGAAAAAACUAGAGCAAGCGCAGCAACCCAAGACCUCCCCAAUGCUACAAACCAAGGUAGAAAAAGCUCCAUCAGGGCCUCCAAGGGAUGCAGCAGCUUCCCCAUCUGUACCCAAGGAAGGCCAAUCUAUUUGUCCACUCUGCAAAGUGAAACUUAACUUUGGCUCCAAGGAACCUCCUAACUACAACCACUGCACUGAAUGCAAGAACACUGUCUGUAACCAAUGUGGAUUUAAUCCAAUGCCAAAUGUUUCCGAGGUAAAGGAAUGGUUAUGUCUCAACUGUCAAAUGCAGAGAGCUCUUGGUUCAUCUGAACUUACAGCACCUCCUGUGAAACCUCAAAAUACAGCCAACAAAACUUCUCCAUCUUCUGCACAUGAGAAAAUUACACCCCCUAAAAAAGAGGAAACUCUUAAGAAGGAUCUACUGAAAUCUGAUGCAUCUCAAAAAAUGGCAAAUCCAGUGGCUGAUACACUUCUCAAGAAGGGAGGUUCCACACCAGGCUCUCCCAAGAAAACACAGCCUAUAGCAGUGACUAAGACUUCUAAAGAACCAGAUGGUGACACACAAGGCAGCCCAACUCCUAGUAAGAAAUUAACCCCGGAUCAGGCGGGGGCCUCACAGUCCCAGAAACAAACUUCCCAGGCAGAUGAUCCAGGAAUCAAACAGAGUAAAGUCACCGCAGAUACUCAGAAGGAGUUAGGAAACCAAGUCAUCACUGGUGGACUCAAAACAACACCUGAAAGUUCAAAAACAACGGAGUCAGUGACUGGAAAGAUGUUUGGCUUUGGUUCUUCCAUUUUUAGCUCAGCAUCCACUCUGAUAUCAUCUGCUGUUCAGGAAGAAUCACGCGGUACACCACCAAGCCCUCGUAAGAUGUCUGCACCAGCACAUGUCUCCCGAAAGAUGUCCACUGUGCCCAUAACUUCUCCAAUAAGUACACCAACAGUUUCUCCCAAAAUGUCACCAGCAAAAGAGCCAAAACUACUUACUCAGAAGCAAGAACAGGAGAAGAAACCAGAGAAAUCCAGCCAAGGCAAAGAGGAUAAAGCUCCAUUACAGCCACCAAAAGCAGCAACAGUUACCCAAGCAUCUUCUAAAGCAUCCAAGGCCAGCUGUCCAUUGUGCAAGGUUGAGCUUAACAUUGGUACCAAGGAACCCCCAAAUUACAACUCCUGCACAGAGUGCAAGACAACGGUCUGUACUCAGUGUGGAUUUAACCCGAUGCCUAUGGGAGAGGUCAAAGAAUGGCUAUGUCUAAACUGCCAGAUGAAAAGAGCAGUUGAAGCAGCCGAGCCACCAGGGCCUCCCUCAAUGAAGUCCCAAACAUCACCCAGUAAAGUUCCUUCACCUGCUCCAGUCCAGUUGAAGGACUCUUCCAAACCUGCUGCACCUCAAAAGAAGGACAGCUCAGAACCAGACGUACAACAGAGGAAGCAGUCUAUAGCACCAUUGCCACCUGGCAAACAAGACUCUGCCACUCCACCACUGAAGCAAGUCAGUCCAGCAACUGAUCGUAAAGUACCUGAAGAAAGACAGAGGACAGGGUCAAAGGAGGCAGCAAAGCUGGAUAGCCAAGUUCAACGAAAACAAAGUACUGCUUCAACAGGGUCACAGCAAGACUCAGGAGGCCUCUUUGGUUUUGGUGGUGGUAAAAGUCAACCAGAUUCUGCAAAGCCUGCAGAGUCAGUUUCUGGGAAGAUGUUUGGCUUUGGAUCUUCUAUCUUCAGUUCUGCAUCCACUUUGAUAACCUCAGCUGUUGACCAGCCCAAAACUACUCCACCAGUUUCUCCAAAGAUAUCUCCUGCCAAGGAUAUGAAGGCUACUGAUACCCAGAAGCUUGGGCCGCAAAAGACAGCAGAGCAGCCCCAGCAGACCAAGACAACUCCUUUUGGACAGGGCAAGGUUGACAAAGUCCAAUCAGAGUCCCCCAAGCCUACAGAAUCUCCCCAGGUACUUGUCAAACCUGGCCAGUCCACCUGUCCACUCUGCAACUUGAAACUCAAUACGGAUUCAAAAGAUCCACCAAACUACAGUACCUGCACUGAAUGCAAGAACACUGUGUGUAACCAGUGUGGAUUUACCCCAAUACCUACAGGAGAGGUCAAAGAGUGGCUAUGUCUAAACUGCCAGAUGAAAAGAGCAGUUGAAGCAGCUGAGCCACCAGGGCCUCCCUCAAUGAAGUCCCAAACAUCACCCAGUAAAGUUCCUUCACCUGCUCCCGUCCAGUUAAAGGACUCUUCCAAACCAGCUGCACCCCAAAAGAAGGACAGCUCAGAACCAGUCUUGCAACAGAGGAAGCAGUCUAUAGCACCAUUGCCACCUGGCAAACAAGACUCUGCCACUCCACCACUGAAGCAAGUCAGUCCAGCAACUGAUCGUAAAGUACCUGAAGAAAGACAGAAGACAGGGUCAAAGGAGGCAGAAAAGCUGGAUAGCCAAGUUCAACGAAAACAAAGUACUGCUUCAACAGGGUCACAGCAAGACUCAGGGGGCCUCUUUGGUUUUGGUGGUGGUAAAAGUCAACCAGAUUCUACAAAGCCUGCGGAGUCAGUUUCUGGGAAGAUGUUUGGCUUUGGAUCUUCUAUCUUCAGUUCUGCAUCCACUUUGAUAACCUCAGCAGUUGACCAGCCCAAAACUACUCCACCAGUUUCUCCAAAGCUGUCCCCAGCAAAAGAGAUUAAAUCCCCUGCUGACCAGAGGAAAGAACAACAGAAGAAGCCAGAACAACCCAAGCAGACACCUCAGUCAGUCCAGGCCAAAGUGGACAAGGCUCCAACAGCUGCUAAAUUAGUCCCCCAAGGAGCUGUCAAACCUGGCCAGUCUGCUUGUCCACUCUGUAAGGCUGAGCUCAACAUUGGUUCUAAAGAUCCACCAAACUACAGUACCUGCACUGAAUGCAAGAACACUGUGUGUAACCAGUGUGGAUUUACCCCAAUACCUACAGGAGAGGUCAAAGAGUGGCUAUGUCUAAACUGCCAGAUGAAAAGAGCAGUUGAAGCAGCUGAGCCACCAGGGCCUCCCUCAAUGAAGUCCCAAACAUCACCCAGUAAAGUUCCUUCACCUGCUCCAGUCCAGUUGAAGGACUCUUCCAAACCAGCUGCACCUCUAAAGAAGGACAGCUCAGAACCAGACGUACAACAGAGGAAGCAGUCUAUAGCACCAUUGCCACCUGGCAAACAAGACUCUGCCACUCCACCACUGAAGCAAGUCAGUCCAGCAACUGAUCGUAAAGUACCUGAAGAAAGACCGAAGACAGGGUCAAAGGAGGCAGCAAAGCUGGAUAGCCAAGUUCAACCUGUUGACCAGCCCAAAACUACGCCACCAGUUUCUCCCAAGAUAUCCCAGGCAAAAGAGAUUAAAUCCCCUGCGGACCAGAGGAAAGAACAACAGAAGAAGCCAGAGCAACCCAAGCAGACACCUCAGUCAGUCCAGGCCAAAGUGGACAAGGCUCCAACAGCUGCUGAAGUAGUCCCCCAAGGAGCUGUUAAACCUGGCCAGUCUGCUUGUCCACUCUCUGUUGACCAGCCCAAAACUACGCCACCAGUUUCUCCCAAGAUAUCCCAGGCAAAAGAGAUUAAAUCCCCUGCGGACCAGAGGAAAGAACAACAGAAGAAGCCAGAGCAACCCAAGCAGACACCUCAGUCAGUCCAGGCCAAAGUGGACAAGGUUCCAACAGCUGCUAAAGUAGUCCCCCAAGGAGCUGUCAAACCUGGCCAGUCUGCUUGUCCACUCUGUAAGGCUGAGCUCAACAUUGGUUCUAAAGAUCCACCAAACUACAGUACCUGCACUGAAUGCAAAAACACUGUGUGUAACCAGUGUGGAUUCAACCCCAUGCCAACACUGUCAGAAGACAAGGAAUGGCUUUGCCUCAACUGCCAGAUGCAAAGAGCCCUAGGAGCUUCUGAACCUCAAGGCCUCCCUAUGAUAAAACCUCAACCUUCACCAAGCAAAGAGGUUCCUGUCACCGCACAGAAGAAAGAGACACCACUGUCAACUUCUCAGGAUGACACCCUCAAACUGGCUGCACCCCUAAUUGAGCCAGCCCCAACCAAGGACAUCAAAUCCCCAGCCCUUGAUGCAACAAAGAAAGAGGCUCUUUCAGCGGCUACGUUGCCAGACAAAACUGCUCAAUCCACCGAAACAAAGACUGAUGUUUCACCGCCUUCUCAAAUGACUUCUAAAGAGACAGCUAAAGGACUACCUGGUGCGCCUCAACAGCAGCCUCCUAAAGGUGUGAGUGUUCCUGCAAAGUCUGUCCCCCAACCAGAUCCAGAGGCAGGAAAGCCAGCACAGCAAAAGUCACCACAAGCUGUGACUUCAACUGCUAAGUCUACUCCUCCACCCAGUAAAGAAGUGGGAAAGCUACCCUCACAAGCAUCCGCAAAAGCUGGUACCUCUCCAGCAAAAUCUGCACCACCAACAACUCAGCCUGCAAAACAGGAAUCAGGAGGUUUCUUUGGUUUUGGCGGUCCUAAAACAACACCUUCUGCAGCAAAGUCUGCUGCAGUGACUGGCAAGAUGUUUGGCUUUGGGUCAUCCUUCUUAAGCUCUGCAUCCACUUUAAUUACCUCAGCAGUCCAGGAUGAACCUAAAACUACACCGCCAACUCCAAGGAAGAUGUCCACUACAACCAGUGUCUCUCCUAAAGCGACACCGCCAGCCUCUCCUAAAAAGUUACCUGCAAAGGAUAUGAAGACACCUCAGGAGAGGAAAGCUCAGGAACCACAACAGGAAAAGACUUCUUCAACAGAACAAGCCAAAGUAAAGGAAGCUCCACCACAGCCUUCCAAGGCACCAAUAGACAGCCAAGGUGCUCCAAAAGAAGGUCUAUCUAACUGUCCACUGUGUAAGAUUACGCUCAACAAGUUUUCCAAAGAUCCUCCAAAUUACAACACUUGCACAGAGUGCAAGACUGAUGUCUGCAGCCAAUGUGGAUUUAAUCCCGUGCCAAAUGUGGCAGAGGUAAAAGAAUGGCUUUGUCUAAACUGCCAGAUGCAAAGAGCCCUAGGAGCAACUGAGCCCACUGGUCGCCCUGUAGUAAAACCAUUGCAAACCCCAGGCAAGGUUCUUACAACUGGCUCUGACAAGGCUGAAAAGACAGAUGUACCAGCAGUAAUCCAGAAGGAGAAGCCCCCAGAAUCUACAGCAGUCACAAAAGAGGUACCACAGGCAACUACACAAAAGAAGGAAACCCCAAAAGCAGCAGCUCCUUUGCCAGCAAAGACAGACAUACUAGGACAAGGUUCUUUGCAAAAGCCACAGGUCCUUUCAGGUACAGAGCAGGGACAGGGACAAGACAUGGCUGUCCAGCAGCAGAAGCCUGUCGAAAAAGCCCCAAAGGUGCAGCCCCCUCAAACUACUGUGCCAGUGACCAAAGGAGGUCCUACAAAACAGGAGGUUGGAAAACCGCCACAGGAACCCUCAAGAUCUGCUACCCCUCCUGCCAAAUCUGCGCCACAACCUACUCAACCUGCAAAACAACAGGAAUCAGGAGGCCUCUUUGGCUUUGGUGGUCCUAAAACCCAGCCUGCUGCUGCAAAGCCUGCUGAGUCGGUCAAAGGAAAGAUGUUUGGUUUUGGUUCUUCUCUCUUCAGCUCUGCAUCUACAUUGAUUACGUCCGCUGUCCAAGAUGAACCUAAGUCUACACCACCUACCCCACGAAAGAUGUCCAUUGCAACCCAGGGCUCUCCUAAAACUACACCUCCAGCUUCUCCUAAGAUGCCCCCUGCAAAAGAGACAAAACUGCCUGCUGCACAGGUAUCUGGGCCACCUCAACAGGCCAAGCCCACUGAACAGGCCAAGGAAAAGAAGGCAGAGCCUCCAAAGCCAGAGCCUCCUAAACCCACUGAAGUCACUCAAGUUCCUCCUAAAGCAGUUCUGUCAACCUGUCCUCUUUGUAAAGUGGAACUCAACAUUGGCUCCAAGGACCCUCCAAAUUACAACACCUGCACUGAAUGCAAGAACACUGUGUGCAGUCUUUGUGGAUUUAACCCAACGCCUCAUACAUCAACAAAGGAAUGGCUGUGUCUGAACUGCCAGACUCAAAGGGCAUUGUCGGGACAGCUGGGAGACGUAGGAAAAAUGCCCCAGCCUACACCUGUAUCUGCAAAGCCAGACAUCUCAGCCACACCUGUGACCACAAAGGCACAUCCCAAAACUGUUCCGACAAAGACAGAGCCCACACCCCCUAUUGCGAAAUCCCAGCCCCCAGAGGACUCCAUCAAGAUACCAACAGUCCCAAGCCCAAGGGUAAAGGCGGAACCUACAUCUACCAAUGUAGACACCGCAGCAGCAGCAGCUUCCACACAAAUGGAGCAAAAGACUGCAUUAAUUCCCACAACUUCAAAGGUUCCAUCAGAAAAACUGCCUCUUGUAACUUCAAAAGCAGAAGUCAUUGAACCCACAAUGGCCCCAGAGCAAGAGCCAGUGGUAACAUCGAUAGGGAAUACAGAUGUUCCAAAGACUGACACAGUUGGAGAUAAUGAAGAGGCAGUGAAAAUGGAGUCCUGUGUGACAGAAUUUCCCAGAGCUGAAGAGACUAAACCUUACCUUUCAACUGUCAAAGUUAAAGCAGAUGAAGCUGAGGCUCCCUCAUUCCCAGUGACUAUGGCUACAACUGUACCAACUCCUCCUAUUGCUGCAGAGGUAGUUGGAGUUGUUCCAGGGAUUGAAACAAAGCCAGAACUGUCUGCUCCAGAGAGGGCUAUUGAGGAAGUGCUGCAGAAUGAUCAUAUCAAACAGACCCAGCCAACAAAGUCUUUACAGCAAGCCGAGGUUGAACCAAAGUCACAAGUACCAGAACAGGCAUUAGAGGUAGAACCUGUCAGCAAAGAAGUGGAGGAUAAGCCAGCUGAAAACAUUGCUGAUGUGAACUCAGCUCCAGAGAAAGUACCAGUAUCUACAAAGGACACUAUCAUCAAAGUCCAGAGGAGAAGGCUGGAGGUCAGCAAUGUUUCAUCCAGCAGCGAGGACAUCAGAACUGAAAGUGCUGACUCAAACAUAGAUGAUGAAGAGUUUAUCCGUAGGCAGAUAAUGGGCAUGGGUGAUGAAGAGGAAAUGUCUCUUUCGGAAGAUGAAAAACAAGAGACUUUGGACAAUGAGGAAGCCAUCAUGGAGGCUGAGCUCGAAAAUGCUUCAGCAACAGCCAAGUCACUAAAGAGUAGCACAGAAGAUGAAAGCAACCAAGCCAAGACAAUAGCCCCCAAAACAGACAACACAACUCCAGAAGUUCCUGAAACACUGCCCAUCACUUCUUUCAAGAAAGCCCGUCCUGUCUUGAGACAGAGACAAAGCACUGAUGAGGAAGUGGAGAGCAUCACUGAAUCCCUGUCCAAGGGAUCAUCGAGUGUUCAGGUAUCUAGCUUUACUCCAGGAUCUUCACCUACAUCAGCUUCAUCACUGGAGGAGGACAGUGACAGCAGUCCAAGUCACAGAAAGGUCAAAGGGGACAAACAACAUCGCAAAGGUAGGCACAGGCACCCAACAGAGCCUCUCCCCACUAUUGACUCCUCUGAGGAAGAAAAGAUGAAGGAUGAAGAUAAGUCUAAGAAAGACAAAGAGGAACUGAGGACCCAUGGCAAAUUACCGUCUCCUACUAAUGAUGGCUCUUCAACAGAGGACCUGAAAAAGGUCACAGUCAUUGAAGACACAUAUAAAACAUCUGGCUCUGAGUACUCAGCUAGUAUAGAAUCAGAAGCAGAGACUAGAAGAGCUGUACAGAGAGGACGUAAGCCUUCACCAACAGUGAUACCAUACACUCUCCCUGAUCCAUUUGAAGAGAAGUAUACAGUGGAAAAAUCCUUGAAGAGUGCUGAAGAAGCAUAUGAGGAAAUUAUUCAGAAAUCAAGAGCCAUUCCAGGGGAGAGUCCUCCUGAUAUUGAGCCACUCUAUGGAGGAAUGGCAAUAGAGGACUAUCUUUAUGAAUCCUUGGUUGAAGAUCCUGAAAUCAAGAUGAGUGAAACUCAAGAAGAAGAAUACCAACUUGACACUGGCUCUGAAAGUAGCAAAAGACUCAGGUCUCCAGAAGAGGUUUAUGAAGAGAUGAUGCAAAAAAAGAGAGAAUUAAUGAUGAUAGAACAAGAGUUUCAUCAGGCACAGACUGCCAUGGAAACCUCCUCACCAGAGGUCUCUAGUCCUAUGCCUCCCCCACCCAUACCACCAAAGCCUGUGUCAAUUCCAGCCGGACUGGUUUUCAGCCACAAGCCAGGAGAGAGCGUCAAGCCACCUCCACACGUAGUUCCAAAAGCUGCAACACUGCCCAGGACUAAAGAACCUCCAAAUGCUCUGUCUCUUAGCAUGACACGCCCUGUGGAGUCGAGAUUGGGUGCAACAUCACCGAAGUCACCUUUGUCCCCAAGACAUGUCAAAUGUUUACAGACCUAUGUGGUGAUUACUCUUCCAUCUGAGCCUGGUUCACCAACUGAGGGAAUAACAGUCCAGGCACCUGUAAGACGUGGCUCUAUCCCAUCUACAAGAGUGGCAGGGGUACGCACCACGCCACAAGAGCAGAAAACACCAACUGAUGCAUUUUCAGCACAGGCUGCAGUCAGAAGAGCCUCUGUCCCCACUGUGAGACAUCAACCUCCGAUACCUGCAGCUCCAAUUGUGGCAGCAGAACAAGUGACGCCUUUGGAGAUUGGAGCUGGAAGGGCCAAGAAGGACUCUCUGCCUCCUGUAGUGCCAUUGCCACCAUCUGGGGCUGAUGUAAUCUCAGUGUCAUCUACGUAUGAAGCACCAACAGAGGUGGUUACGACUGAGGCCUUUGCUGCCACAAGAAGAGAAUCCAUAACCAUGCAGCCAAAAAUGCCCCUGGCACAGGUCGUAAACUUGCCAGCUGAGAAAGAUAUCCCAACUGAUGGUCAUCCUGUUCAGUAUCCCUAUAGAAGAGGAUCUAUUCCUUCAACAGAACAAAUACCCCAGGUAUUGAGUUAUUCAUCAGAAUAUGAUCACCCUCUAGAGAUUAUCACUACUGAGGCAUACACCAGAAGAACCUCAAUACCCACCUCUCAAAAUAUUCCACAGGGUGUAUCUGUGGCCCCACUCACCAUUACUAAAAUUCAGCAAGAGUCUAUUGAGAGCCAAGAGAUUCGAGGACCAGAAAAGGUGGUCUCCAGUAUGAGUCAUAUGUACUCAUCUUCAAUUUCCACCUCUGGCCAGCCUCCUGAAAGCCGUCCUGAAUUGGUCACUCAGGUGGUCACCACUGAGGUCCAGAGGACAACUGUUUCUGUGGUCCAUGAAAGACUUCCACAGGUCCCUCCACCCAGUGCAACAGUAGCCAUACAACCAGACAUGACCAAGGUCCAGCCUUUGCCAAAACAGAAUGGGAGGAUGGUCUAUCCUGGGGAUGUUGUUGAUUUACGUACCAUGAAGGUUGGAGUAAGGAUGACUGAGCAAGGAAUGGACCUGACGCCACCUGAGUCCUGUCGACAGUCUGUUUCAAGUGACUCCAGCUUGCGUCAAAUAACAGCAGUGCAGCCUGAGAUAGUAAAUCUUAGUGCAGAGAUCACACCUGCAACAACACUGUCUGUUGUCACUGACAGCAUCACAAUAGUCACAUGCACAGCCACCAUUUCCUCAUAUAACAACCCACCAGCAGAGAAACCCCUUGAUUUGCAAGGCCCUGUUAUGUCAUUGCCUUUGUCUUUAACCACAUACAAACCAUUUGAACCACUAGCGCAAAUUGUAUACAGACCUGUGAAAACCCAGGCGGUUGCAAGGUCAGUGGCAUCCACAGCUCAAGAAAUCCCAAUGAAUCUUUCCUAUGGAGUCUACUCAGGAGUUAAACAGCCAAUAUCUUCAACCCAAACAGCUAUCAGCAAUGGAGGUCCUGUCCUUUCUCUAGAGGCCACAGGGGCUAUGGAUUUGUCAAACUACAGACCAGUGAGAGCUAUGGUAGCUUUGUCUGGCACAAGCCCAGGAGUCGUGACUACUGUUGUAGAGGAUGAUGGGACUCCAGUUGACCUUACAGCUGGUAGGAGGAGUGUCUGCUGUGAUGUCAUCUACAAGCUACCAUUCACAGGAAGCUGCAGAACACAGCCCGCGGUCACAGCUCAGCCUGACAACCGUUUUGGCUACAGGGAUGACCACUAUCAAUAUGAUCAUGCUGGACUGUAUGGUAUCAAAGGCAUGAAUGGUAUCAAAUCUUCAAUGUCUGAGACAAACCUGACGGAGCCAGGGCUCUUCUCUUAUGACCCCAAGAGUGAAUAUGACUACCUUGGUGGAUCCUCAGAUGGCGCCAUAGACCUCACUGCCACAAAACUUUCUGCUGGUAAAGCUCUUGACUACACCAGCAAAGCUACUGGCACCUACCCUGGGAUGAAGACAGCUCCGUACUCCCAGGUCCCUGCUGCUGGAUUUGGUGUUAAUAGUGUUCUUAGAACCUCAGAUGGAAUAGUUUAUUCCUCUGUAGCUGCUCCAGUCCCAUCCACAUAUGCAAUUACAACUCAACCAGGUUCCCUCUUUAGCACUACCUUAACACCCACAUCAACAGUCCAGAACCAGCCAUCGCCACACCCUUAUGGUUUUAUUCCCAGUACAGACCCAGGGCAGAUAAUUGCUUUUGACGCAGGGCUACCCAAGGAGCUCCUUCCCACUGCUUUGGCUGACAUCAUAACAGGCUAUCCAGACAUGUACUCAGACACCACUCUGGAAGCACUUGCAGCCUCCCUUGAUGCCCUAGCCUCCUCCCCCAUAUUCCCUGGCUUAGACAACACUAAGAUGGCACAGUAUCAGAUGGAGAGGGAGUUUCUUGAGCUAGAAAAGCUUAAGCAACUGUGUCUUGCUGAGGAGCUGGAGUGGGAGAGGCAGGAGAUCCAGCGUUACCGUGAACAAGAGCAGUUUAUGGUCCAAAGGGAGCUUGAGGAGCUACAAGCUCUGAAACAACAGCUUCUCAUGCAGCAAGAGGAAGAGCACCAUGCCCACAUGGUGGCCCAGCAGGAGACGUAUGCCCAGCAGAAAGAGCAAUUGCAACAAAUACAACAUCUCCAACUGCAACUCCAGCGUCAGCUAGAUGAACACUAUGAUGAGUCUACAACUCCAUCUAUUGGGGGACAGUUUGAGGAAGAUCAGGACCAGCUUAGUGUGGUAAAAAGGCUUCAAGCUGAUCAGGACACUGGGAAGAGAAUAAUUGAUAGUGGAGUGCAAACAGACGAUGAAGACUCAGCAGAAAAGCAGCAUGUGGGAAGACGAAAGAAAAAUAAAAGAAAUAUUGAUAGCUCUGCCCAGACUGAUGACGAGGAUCAAGAUGAAUGGGACACUCCUACAAAAGCUAGACGACGUUCGCGAAAACAUAGCAGUGAGGGGAAACAUGGGUCCAAGGUCUCAAGCAUUGCUAUCCAGACAGUAGCAGAGAUUUCUGUCCAGACUGACCACUCUGGAACUAUCAAACGACCCAAUGUCCAGAUGGACACUAGGGUGGAAAUAAUCAAGCAUAUCUCAGCUCCAGAGAACUCUCAGAGAGGUGGCAGUCUGAGCUGUCAGACUGAUUUAGACAGAAGACAUACACCAAUUGAAGUGGCCUACAGCACACAUUUAACAGCUGAUGUUCCCUCAAAGUCCAAAGUCUUCUACAAUCAAGUGUCCCCCCUGUCUCCAGAAAAGUCACUUACAGGGCAGAGAAUGCUGACUGCUGAUCCAAACAGAUUUUCCUCCGGCCCUAGGAUAUUGAAGGCUGGUCAAAAAUCUCUGUCUGACCCUAAAUCCCUUAGUCCUUCCACAGAUGACAGGAUGGGUGGAUACUAUGCAGACAGCUACUCUGGUCGAGGUUCCCCCUCUAGUACAGGUAAAAAGGUCAAGCGGACACUACCAGACCCCCCUCCUGAGGAUGACUCCAUGGCAGGACGAUCAGGCUAUAGCACCAACUCUGCUCGUCGGCGUCUUGCCCGAAGCACAACCAUAGCCAGGGCAAAGAUUCUGCAGGACAUUGACAAGGAGCUUGAUCUGGUGGAGAGAGAAUCUUCUAAACUUCGCAAGAAACAGGCCGAGCUAGAUGAAGAAGAAAAAGAGAUUGACGCUAAGUUACGAUACCUGGAGAUGGGUAUCAACCGGCGCAAGGACGCCUUGCUGAAGGAAAGAGAGAAGAGAGAGCGGGCCUAUCUUCAAGGGGUAGCUGAGGAAAGAGACUACAUGUCAGACAGUGAGGUUGCCAACAUCCGAGAGGCCAGGGGAGAUGGCCUAGAAAGACCACGGACAGCACCCCAGUCAGAAUUUGACCAAUUUAUCCCCCCACAGACAGAAGCAGACUCUCAGUACAACACGCUUACUAGUCCCUACUCUCACUAUGCUCAGUAUGUUCCCCAGACCCAAACUACCAGCCACUACACCCAGCAGAACAUAUAUCAGCAACAGUCCCUUUACCACCAACAGGUGUCUCCUUACCAAACUCUUUCCCUCUCCCAUGCUCAGAAUCAGCCAAGUAGCUACCAACAUGCUCUGCUCUUGCAGCAGGGAAAGCAGCGACAAUCCAACAUGUCAGAUAUAGACCCCAAAAUCACCACCAACUAUGAAGCCAUUCGCAACCAGCCACUUCUCAUUGUGCCAACCUCCACAGAAAGCGGCUAUGGGGUGGCUCACCUUGGGGGAAAGUAUGGGAGCUUGGACUUGAGGUUGGGUCUAGAGGAGAGAAGCAUGGCCUCUAGUCCAAUGUCUAGCAUUUCUGCGGAUUCCUUUUAUGCCGAUAUUGACCACCACAAUGCCAGGAACUAUGUACUGAUAGAAGAUAUUGGGGAGCUAACCAAGACCUCAACAGGGCUGAGCAACACUGGCUUAGGUUCUGGAUUCAACCUGCCUGAUAAGGAGUUGUCCAAGGCAGAUAGGCUACUAAGGGCAGCAGAAGUCAGGCGCACAGCAGAGGUGGCUGAUUUUUUAGGCUCGUCUCGGCUUCAGGGUUACGGUAAAGGUGAAGAUGACACUAUGGAGGAGCCUUAUGAGCUGAAGCUAUUAAAGCAGCAAAUUAAGCAGGAGUUCAGGCGGGGAACCGAGGGACUAGAACACUUAACAGGGCUUGGCCUUCCCCAGUAUCUCCCCAGUGAUAGCAGUUUUCGUCACUUUCCAAAAGGAGAGAAGUAUAGCAUUGGCAGACUUACCCUUGAAAAACAGGCAGCAAAGCAACUCCCAGCAGCUGUGCUUUACCAGAAACAGAUGAAGAACAAAAAGGCCAUAAUAGACCCCAAGGCCAUUACUAAGUUUUCACCAAUUCAGGAGAGUAGGGACCUGGAGCCUGACUUUGGCAACUACAUGGGAUCCGGGGCCUCCUCUGUAACAAAUCUGGCUGCGACAGCUAGGUUGCUUCAGGAUGAGAUUACAUUUGGGAUCAGGAAAAACUUGUCUGAACAGCAGAAAUAUCUAGGCUCCUCUCUGGGGGUCAAUCUAGCUGGUUCUCUUAAUAUUGGGCAGUCUAUAGGACUAGGAUCCACUAUCAGGGCAACAGCCCAGGAUGAUGGGACCUACCCAAGUGGAAGCCGUUCCCGACCCUCAUCUCGUCCCUCCUCCCGCCCCUCUUCAGUUUAUGGAUUGGAUCUAUCUAUCAAAAGGGAUCUAUCCAGCUCUUCACUUCGACUUAAAACAGAAGGAGAAGUCCUGGAUGCAGCUUUUGCCCCUGGUGUGGCCAGAGCAAAGCCAACCAGUUUGCCUAUCAGCCAAAGCCGGGGCCGUAUUCCCAUUGUGGCUCAGAACUCCGAAGAGGAGAGCCCUCUGAGUCCGGUGGGGCAGCCUAUGGGAAUGGCUAGAGCCUCAGCUGGACCUCUCCCUCCAAUUUCUGCUGAUUCCAGGGACCAAUUUGGGUCUAGCCAUUCCUUGCCUGAGGUGCAGCAGCAUAUGAGGGAGGAAUCUCGGACUCGAGGCUAUGACCGGGACAUUGCAUUCAUCAUGGAUGACUCGCAAGGAGCAAUGUCUGACAGUGAAGCACUAAGUGAGUCCAUGCUGACUUUGAACAGAGAUGAUGCCAGAAUCUUUCAUGAAAGUAUCAGACACGCCUACCAUCUAAGGAACGAGGACACGGAUUGGUUUGAUAAGCCAAGAGAAGGGCAUCCACACAGCGGGGACAGGAGACAGAUGAAAUUGGCCCCAUAUGCCUUCCCUCACAUUCGCUUCAAGCUUAUGAGAGACCUGAAGGACACCAGUGUCUCCGGAAACGGACUUGGGAUCCGUGUGGUAGGUGGGAAGCAGAUCCCGGGAGGCCGAGGAGAGAUUGGAGCCUACAUUGCCAAAGUUAUCCCUGGUGGUGCAGCAGAACAGACAGGAAGAGUUGUGGAGGGAAUGCAGGUGUUAGAGUGGAAUGGAAUCACUCUCACAGGAAAGACUUAUGAAGAAGUGCAGUGCAUCGUGGGCCAGCCAUGUGCAGAGGCGGAGCUCUGUGUGAGACUUGACCUUAACAUGCUGUCUGACCCCGAGCACCCACAAGCCCUGGAGCACCAUGUCCAGCUUAAGGCUGUGGGUGGGCAGCGUUCACCUGGAGUGGAUCCUAAGCAGCUGGCUGCAGAGCUGCAGAAGGUGUCCCAGCAGCAGGCUCCUAUUGGGCCUGGGGGUAUCGGGGUCCUUUCUGCACUUGAGCGCUCUGCACUCCUCCACUCGGGUACGGGAUCAGCUGCAUCCAGUGGUGUACCCAGCCCUGGCCAGCCUGCAUCCCCUGCUAUCAACAAGAAACAACGGCAAAAGCCAACUGACUCACUGAGGACACUUCCUCCUAUCACUGGAGAAAUUCAGCUCCAGAUCAACUAUGACAGAAACCUCGGAAACCUGAUCGUCCACGUCCUGCAGGCUAGAAACCUGGCCCCAAGAGACAACGACAGCUACUCUGACCCCUUUGUCAAGGUCUACCUCUUACCUGGGAGAGGCCAAGUCAUGGUUGUCCAGAAUGCAAGCGCUGAUAACAAGAGAAGGACCAAGUAUGCCCAGAAGACCAUGAACCCAGAGUGGAACCAGACUGUCAUCUACAAGAACAUCCAUCUGGAGCAGCUAAAGAAAAAGACCCUGGAGGUCACAGUGUGGGACUAUGACAGAUCAUCCUCAAAUGACUUCCUCGGAGAGGUGUUAAUUGACUUAUCCAACACGGCCCAGCUAGACAAUACUCCACGCUGGCUGCCCCUGAAGGAGCAGAGUGAGAGUAUUGAACAUAACAGAGCACACCUGGGAGACGGGAGCCACGAUUCACCUAAAAACUCUGUAAUCAAGAGUAGAAGCCACGGAAUCUUCCCUGAUCCAGCCAAAGAUAUGCAGAUGCUGCCAUUAGAAAAGUCUCACAGCAGCCCUGGCAGCUCCAAGUCUUCCUCUGAUGGCCAACUGCGCUCCCAUGGCCCCUCCCGAAGCCAAAGCAAGAGUAGCGUCACUCAGGCCCAUCUCGAGGAUGCUGGGAUAGCCAUUGCUGCCGCCGAGGCUGCCGUGCAACAAUCCCGUCUGCAACCAAGACCAGGACACAGACUGGCUGAUGUGUCAGGAUCGGUGGUGCUGUCUGCCCCAAGUCUUGUGGGUGAUGCCUACAGUGGCCUGGAUGGAGACGAUGAGGAGGGCACUGGAGUGGACAGUGCCAUUUUUCAAGUUCCACGCAUUGGGAAGACUAUUCCUAACGGCACCGACAAAAACCAACUAGAGACAACAGAAAUUGAAGGUGGUAAAACACAAGUAAUGGGGGAGAUCAAAGUCGCUCUGAAGAAGGAGGUGAAGACAGAAGGAGACCAACUGGUCUUGGAGAUACUUCAAUGCAGAAACAUCACUUACAAGUUCAAGAGUCCUGAUCACCUACCAGACCUGUAUGUGAAGUUGUACGUGGUGAAUAUAGCCACUCAGAAGAGAAUCAUCAAGAAGAAGACUAGGGUCUGUCGACAUGACAGAGAGCCAUCUUUCAACGAGACUUUCAGAUUUCCCCUCAACCCAACAGGACACUCCAUACAGCUUUUCCUGGUGUCCAAUGGAGGCAAGUUUGUGAAGAAGACCCUGAUAGGGGAAGCCUACAUCUGGCUUGACAAAGUGGACAUGAGGAAAAGAGUGGUCAGCUGGCACAAGUUGUUUGUCAGCACCACUCAGACCAACCCCUGAGCACUAAAUGGAAAAGAUGGAGAUGCAGUACACCCGCGAGAGGUGAAGUCCUAAUGUUCUAGAAUGUACUAGACACUUGAUUUGAUGAAAAAAGAUGAAUAAAAGAAAAGAAAAGUGCAAGAAGAGGAACUAAAACGAUUCAUUAAAUUCCUCCAUUCUUCCUUUACUUUCUCACUUAUGAGUUACAGGAAAGAGGGAAUUGUGUACUAAUACCAUAACAACUGUAUCAGAACAACACUGCCAGCACACAUUCACCUCCUUACAUGUCAAGUUUCUGCUUGCUGUGGACUCAGCAGUAACCCGGAUUUGAGGACAGCAAUGUCUUUUUCACCUAAGUUUGAUGCCACGAUCCUAAUGAGAUUCUGUUGUUUUGGUGCUGUGCAAUGAAUCUAACAUAUCUAUAAAAGAAAAAGAAGGGAAAAAUGUAUAACUGACUUGAUCACAGAGUAAUUAACUGAAUAAGCAUUGUGUUUUUCUAAUAUGGAAGUCGUCGUUGUAAUGCAGAAUGAUGGUUGUGUCAUGUGUGGGCAUCAGUGGUUGAAAUAUUUAAAGACGAAGGAAUGCAAAGUGUUAAUGUAUGAAAGUCUUUAAUGUAAAAAGAAAAUCUAUAUGUAGAAGUCAGAGUUAUGGAUGAAACAUGUACAGCUCUUCAGAUUGUACAUAUCUCACAUUACAGAUUACAGAGCAUAUCAGAGAAUCACAUUGUACAGAGUGAAGUUUAUAUAAUAUACAGAUAUCAGAUGCAGAAUAUAUCUAAAUACAGUAUAAGAGUCGUUCUCUUGUCAUUAGAGUAUAUAUAAUAAAAUAUAGACAUAUGAUCUCUAUUAGACUGAGGCUGUGGGUGGCGCACUGACAAUCCAGUAGGCUACUUGAGUCUAUGGUGUAGGCAGUCUUAAUAGCUGUUCUGUGAAUGUGGACCUACAUGAGGAAAAUAGCUCCUCGGUCCUCUGAUCACACCAAUGCACUGCUAGGCAUUCAACAGAUUAAAACAAUUCAAGAACAACAACCAGUGACAUAUUACUAUCUCACUGGCAUCCUGUUGUGUAGUGCAGGUUAGAAUUACACUUAACUGAAAAGUGUUUUGUCUUUUAGAGUCCAGAAUACAUGCUGUUUUGAAUGUUACAAGUCAACUCAAGAGGACAACCAGAGUUACUCACAUUUGUGUCAUGUGUACAUUUUACUUAAAGGCUGUCAUAGAUGCUCAGAGUAGACUAAUAUUUUUUUUCUGUAGCCCAUAAUGUAAUUACAUUGUUACAAUGGGCAUAUAGUUCACGCAAGUUGUGUCAAAACCAUGUGUAGAUCUGCAACUGUCAUUACUUCAGUAUGGCAGCUCUGCUUCCAGUGUAGUAGUAACGUCCCAUGAUCUGAGUUUUACCCAAUGUCAUUUUAAAAUGAAGAAAAAAAAUAUCCUUCAGUCAAAUGUCAAGGUUCCCUGUUUGUUUGUCUGACUGUGCUGUGAAACUCACUGUGCUGUUUGUGUCAGUGACCCCCUGUUUCAACACAGUGAACCAGCCUCUCACACUGCCUGUGAACGCUCACUCAGGCCCACCAGGGUUCAGUCAUAGUCAAGUCUGAAGAACACAAAGGGCCAAGUCUCAGUGGGUGACCCCUGUAUAUGUCUGGUAAUCAUUUUGACACAAUAUCCAUACAAUAAAAAAGAAAACACUAUCACAUGACUCCAAGAAGUAAUGUCAGUGUAUUUAGGAAUAUCACAGGGCUGAUGCAAUUUUUUUAAAGAGAUCAACUUGGAUCAAGAUGUCAAUUAAAUCUAAGCAGAUCAUAAUAAAAAAAGAGAACAUUAAAGGAAGGGAACAUGGCAGAUUUUAAGUGGUUAUUUUACUGUGCCAACCUUAUUUUUUUUAUUCCAGACCCAUUGGUUAUUAAUUCUAUGCAACAUAGAUGUGUUUGAAUGCAUUUGUUUUUUUGGGAUUAAAUGUUAUAUCUGUAAACAUAUGAUUUAAAUAAUGUUUAAUAGUAAAUGUAACUUUAGUUUGUACACCAUGAAAUGAAAAUAUUAAAUAAAUUAAUUUUUUACUGAUUUUAAUAUAAAUUAAUGUUAACCUCUGUUAACGUUAACAUUGAGCUCGUGCACUUUAUUAUGACAUUGUUCAGUUUCUUGUCUCAUCUUAACUUUCACAUCAUGCUAGACACUGUGUUUUGUGUUUCUGCACAGACAUGAAAUAGUUCAUAAUGUAUUUGGCGGCAGAAAAGUUGUGGUGUGCAUUUUGUAUCAAUGUGGCAAAAGAAAACAUGCAGACAUGUUGGGGUUCCUAAAUACAAUGCACAAUCCUGGCAGAAGGUACCCUUACUACAUCAUACUCAUAGUCUAAUUAACAGUCCGUGUACAAAGUACAGUAUAUUAAACAUAAUCCAUCAAUGCUCAGUCAUGACUGUUUGACCCCUCGUGUUUUAAUAGGCUUCCCUCGCGCUAACUACUGUUUGUUUGAAUCAGCUGUUGCCUGUUAUUGUGAAACCAUCCAUUUGUUGUCGUUCAGAGGAGUGUGAAUGUGACUCAAGUCCUUUGACAUGUGUACAUAAAGUGUUUAUUUUCUACAAAGAUUGAAUGUUUAUAUUGUCUGAAGUUUGAGCAUGUGAGUGUCGGAUAAAAAAAAAAAAUCACAAUUAGACUUAAACUUGUACAGCAAUGCGUGUCUAUAGUUGUAUAAGGGGAGUUGACUGUGUUAUCAUGUGAUGUCAACUAAUGACUAUCUGUGCAACCACGUCCCGUAAAACAGCGGAAACAACACAAAGGGAUAAAAAAAUAAUAAUAAUCUAUUCAACUUCAAUAGUUGUCUGAGACUUUAUGUUUUGGAUGUUGCAUGUUCUGUUGAUGGUUCGUCUGUAUAUUUUGCCUACAGAUUAUGUUUAAAAGAGACAGAAUAUGUAAAGAUUUAUCUGUAUGCUGACUGUAAAGAGAUAUGCUUGUACAAUUGUCUUGUUUUUCACUCAGUGUAAAAACAAAGAAUCUAAUGUUAUGGUUUUGUGGUUGUACACAGGAUGUGUUGAGAUAUUAUGCAAAUUGUGCUGUAAAAAAUCAGCUGUUUCCCCUGAAUCUAAAGAAUAAAUAUUAAGAAGAGCUAUAUUAC